UGUGUGAUUUGUUAUGGUCUGUCUUCUCUUGCAGAUGAUGCAGCAGCUGUACACAGAAUGUAAGCUUGUUCAUGCUGAUCUGAGUGCUUACAACAUGUUGUGGCACAUGGGAAAGGUUUGGUUGAUUGAUGUCAGUCAAUCCGUGGAACCUACUCACCCUCAUGGGCUGAGGUUUCUUUUCAGGGAUUGCAAAAAUGUUUCUCAGUUCUUCCAGAAGUCAGGAGUUACGGAUGCAAUGGGUGAAAGGGAGCUUUUCAAUGCUGUCUCUGGUUUAGAUAUUACAGCAGAUAAUGAAGUGGACUUCCUUGUUGAGAUUGAAACUUUGGAAAAAAUCAAUGAAGACCAUGUCCAACAGAUGGGGAAGCGUGUGAAGAUGACUUAUGAAUGUGAAAUUCCAAAAGAAGAUUAAAGGAGGAGUGGCUUUUAAAUGGUUUUUGCAGACUGAUCUUUGCAAGCUGGAAUUUGACACCAACGGAAAUUUGUGCAAUUUAAUUUGAUUUCAAAUUAGAGUAUCAAUAGAUUUGUAUCAUUGGUAUUUGUGACAGAAAUUAGACUGGUGUGGUGAUGUUGAAGAUGCUGCUGCAGUUCCUUCUCCUUACACUUUGUAUUGAGUUGGGAGCUGUGACUGUUUCUCUUGUGUUAGCAAAGUUUCUAACCAAAUAAAUAACACACCAACUUUAAA